AGAGCAGCUCCGGGCACACAGCGGCGGGCAUUGGACCGGUGUGAGAGCAGUGGGUGAGGAUGAUAAAGGACACCUAUAAGGUAAAGCUGACACGGUGGAGGGCUGUGAAAUAACGUCUGCUGACGGAGGGGACUUUUUGUGUGUGGGUUUGUUUGUUUUUUUUCCCCUGGACAAAUGAGGUUGGUUGCAAGCAAUAAGCCGCGCUGCUGCUGAAUAAAAACACGGGCCUGAGCCAAAGGGCCGCUUCCUUUCCCCUGCGUGUGCGUGCAGCCCGGGCCGGGGAGGGGGGGGGCGGAGGGGGGACGCGUGGCUCUGCUCCGCUCCGCUCUGCCCGUGGGGAUGGGGCUGCGGGGCGGCGCCGUGCGGGGAUGGGGAGAUGGAGGGAAGGGGGGAGGGGGGGAGCGAUGCUCUCAGCGCCCCGCGUGGGACCGCUGCUUGGGGGGGCCGUCCCGCCGCCCCUCUCCGUCACGUCUCCCGCCCCGACGUGGCGGCGUUUUGCCCUCUCCAAAGAUGGCGGCGGGGCGGGGCGGGGCUGCGGCCGCGGGGACGGCGGCGCGCGCGAACAGCGGACGGCGCGGGGCGGCGCGGCGCGAUGGUGGCGCGGGGGCUGCGCGCGCUGCGCGGGGCGCUGCGGGGGGCGGCGGGGAGCGGAGGGAGGCGGCUCAGCACGCGGCCGGCGCGCGUCCCUGCAGCGGACUAUCAGCCGCCGCUUCGCUGCAGGACGCCAUCCGCACGCUGAACACGCUGCAGACCAACGCCAGUUACCUGGAGCAGGUGAAGAGGGAACGCGGGGACCCCCGGGCGCAGCUGGAGGCCAUGCGGGGCUUUUUGGAGAGGAGCGGGCUGCAGGUCGAGGACCUGGAUCGGCUGAACAUCAUCCACGUCACGGGGACGAAGGGCAAGGGCUCAGCCUGCGCCUUCACCGAGCGCAUCCUGCGCGGCUAUGGGCUGCGGACCGGCUUCUACAGCUCCCCCCACUUGGUGCAGGUGCGCGAGCGGAUCCGUAUCAACGGGCAGCCGCUGAGCAAGGAGCUGUUCAGCAAGUACUUCUGGCUGGUGUACCGCCGGCUGCGGGGCACCAAGGACGAGUCUCAGGCCAACAUGCCGGCUUACUUCCGCUUCCUCACCAUCAUGGCCUUCCACGUCUUCCUGCAGGAGAAGGUGGACCUGGCGGUGGUGGAGGUGGGCAUCGGUGGUGCCUUCGACUGCACCAACAUCAUCAGGGCGCCCGUGGUGUGCGGCGUCUCCUCGUUGGGCAUCGACCACACCAGCAUCCUGGGGGACACGGUGGAGAAGAUCGCUUGGCAGAAGGGGGGCAUUUUUAAGCCCGGCGUGCCGGCGUUCACUGUGCCGCAGCCCGAACAACCGCUGGAAGUGCUCCGGGACCGAGCGCGGGAGUGUGGGUGCCCGCUGUACCUGUGCCCCGAGCUGGAUGCCUUUGAGGCGGGGACGCAGGUGCUGGAGCUGGGGCUGGCGGGCAGCCACCAGCGCUCCAAUGCUGCUCUGGCUCUGCAGCUCUCACGGACGUGGCUGCAGCGGCGCGGUUAUGAAGCAGGUACCGAUGUGCUGCAGGACGUGCUGCCUGGAGCGGAGCUGUCGGCACAGCGCUCGGUGCCACUGGCACCCACGUUUUGCCCCAGUGAUGCCAUGAUCCAAGGGCUGCGGGACACAGAGUGGCCGGGCCGUACCCAGGUGCUGCCGCACGGCCCCGUGACGUGGUACAUCGAUGGGGCUCACACCACCAGCAGCAUCCAAGCCUGCGUCCGCUGGUUUCGCCAGGCGGCCCUCAAUGAGGACAAACCCCAGGAUGGCUCUGAGGUGCGGGUGCUCCUCUUCAACGCUACGGGGGACCGGGACACAGCUGCGCUACUGAAGCUGCUGCUGGUGAGGUUUUGGGGUGCUGGCGGGGGGAUGCUGUCCUUGGGCCCCACUUUGCUGCAGGUGCUGGGAGCCACAUGGUGGAGCUGCUGUCCGUCUGUCCUGCUGUCCUGUUGUCUCCCGGCUCAAUGCCGCCCUCCUUUCCGAGGGGCUCACAGCCCCAGCUGCAGUCCUAACACCCCCCCAUCAAGCCACGCUGGGCUGGGACAGCCCUGCCACUUUGACUACGCCGUCUUCUGCCCCAACUUCACAGAGGUGUCGGUGGCUGCUAACUCAGCAGACCAACAAAACUUCAACGUGACCCUGGAGAACGCCCUCACGCGCUGUGUGGAGAACCAGAAGACGUGGACGCGGCUGAUGGAGGAGAAGGGGGGCCCAUGGCUGCCGGCCCCCCUGGAGGUGGGGGGGCUGCUGCAACCGGACCCCCUGCGGGGAGCCCUGCUCCUGGUGCCCCCGGCCGAGCGGCCGCUCAACUCCACCUCCCUCGUCUUCCCCUGCAUUUCCCACGCGCUGCAGUGGAUCACGCAGGGCCGGGACCCCCACCUGCCCCUGCCUGCCUCCAAAGUGGGGGCUCACCCGCACCCUGUGGCCACCAGUGGGGCUGUGCUGCUGCAGGAGGCGGCCGCCAUCCGUGUCCUUGUCACCGGCAGCCUGCACCUGGUUGGGGGGGUCCUCAAGCUGCUGGACCCCACGCUGUCCCAGUAGUAGGGAUGGGGGCUCUGCACCUCCUUGGACUUGAAUUUUUGGAUGAUGCUUGGAGGCGGAUAGGACCCUCCCCAAGCUGGGCUGUCCCUGCCCCUUCUCACCCCAGUGCCUUUUGUCUGUGCCAGCCCAGGGAAUGUCUGUCCCCAUGAGCUGGAGGAGACACUCCUGAUGAGAUGGACUCAGGGUGGCCCCGGUCUCAGACUGGGGGGCCCGAGAGUUCCCUGUCCCCCCCCCAGGGCAGGUUUUGGGGGUGUGUGGGUGCUCUGUGUCCCAGGUAUGAGUGAUGCUUCAAGGCUCUGCGCCACUAAUUUAAUGUAGUGUAAGUUUUUAUUAUUAUUAAGUUUGUAACUUUGACCUGGAGCUGGGCUGAGGGUGCCCGGGUUGCUGUCUGUGCACUGCCCUGGGCUGAGAGGGCAGCAGUGCGGUGCUGCCUGGCCCCCAGCCCCCACCCCAAUAAACCAUUUGCUGCUCCCAA